AUGACUGAACAAAUUAAAAAGAUAGUUCAAGUAUUAGGAAAUGUAUCUGGAGAGUUCAUAGCAAAUCUUACAACAACUGACAAGGUUGUGAUGGGAACUACAGCUAUUGGAUUAACAACAAUGAUGUACAUAAAACAUUAUAUCAAUCAAUCAUUUGAAGUUAAUAGAUCAAAGGUACCAGAAUAUAAAGAGACUAUUGCUAUAGCACUCAACUUGGUACGUCAAGCUAAAACAAUCAAUGAAUACGAAUGUGUAGACACUUAUGGAUUAAAAGUAAUUGCACAUGCAAUGUCGGUCAACAAGUCGGUGACACUUGCCAUGACAGAUGAGUUUGUCAAUAUUGCCGGUAUUCUAGUCAACUCUAUGCUCUUUUCAUAUGACUCUUGUCAUUUGGCAACUACAACUAGACCUGAUCUCGUAGACAAUAUCAUAACAAGCUAUUCUCAACUUCCAAGAUUAGAUCCUAUCGUUAUCACUACUUCAUCAAUGAUUCGUUCCCUUUUACGUCAUGCACCACAAUCAAAUGAAUUUGCAAUGGUUUUAACAUCAUAUGCAGGAGGAUGUCAAUUAUUACAAGUUAAAUUUAUAGUGGCAGAGUUGUUGGCAGAUUAUGUGGCCGAGUCUAAUGACCCAAAUAUAAAUAAUCUACCAGUACUCAUAUUUUUAUUGUCAGUGUAUAGUCCACAGUUUGAUGUAGUCUAUAAUCACAUGGAUCAUGCAAUCAACAAAUUGACCAACAAUUUCUUAAAGAAUCCUCCUCCCAACGUAGACAUUACCGAUGUGAAAAAAUUGGUCGAACCAUACGCUGGUUACACCUAUCGUAGAUACUGUCCAAACAGUAUACUUAAAUACAGAGAGUUUAUAGCUAUUGUCCUUAAUGGUUCCGCAAUCGCUAUUGGUAAACAUUAUGUUUCACCAGCACUUCAAUUGUUAGUAUCUGCAUUUUGGUUACUCAAUGGUACAACUCUGGCAAGUCAAUUUGAAAACAAAAUUGAUUCUUCUAUUUGGGCAAGAAUAAUAUUAAAAAGUCUUUAUUUGACUCUACCAAUUUGUAUCAUCUAUCCUCAAUUCAGUUUCAAGUCCAUAUUAGUCGCUUCGAUCCCUUCAAUCAUUGGUAAAUUAUUUGAUGUAUUUGCCAAGAAUUAUAUCAUCAAAAAGAUGGAUACUGCAUUAUUUAUACGUUGUAGAAAGGAUAUUCAAGAUUUUGAUAUUUAUUCUAAAAAAGAAAAAGAUGCUUUAGAAAGAAGAAAUUUAAAACAACAACAAUAG